GUCGCUUAUCACCGUGCGGUUACCGCACUGGUGGGGAGGUAUGUAGGAGCUUUAACUUAUUCUGCUAUUUUUAGCUUAUCUCUCUUCGCACAGGGAAGAUACUAGCCACAAUCAUGUGACUUUCUAACCACAGCAUUCAAAAGCUAUUGAUGUGCAUACAAUCAAUAGACAACUUACUUUGAACUCUGGCUUAUACCAUCUAGCCAACUACCACCUGUGUUUUCCCUGUGCAAUCUUUCUGCCCUACUGUCGUAGUGUAUUUUCGGGAGCCUCCCAAAAUAUAUCAUUGGGAUACCAACAAGAUUUUAUUUCUAACAUCCAGUAAGGACGACGGGACAUGGCUAUUUUCGGACUCCGCACCUAGUCAGCGCUCCUACAAAUUGGAGACCCCGACGUGAGUUCGUUCUAUCGGAUUCAGCUUCCAUCAUCCGCCAACUACCACCAGUGUUUUCCCUGUGCAAUCUUUCUGCCUAACUGUCGUAGUGUAUUUUCGGGAGCCCCCAAAAUAUAUCAUUGGGAUACCAACAAGAUUUUCUUUCCAACAUCCAGUAAGGACGACGGGACAUGGCUAUUUUCGGACUCCGCACCUAGUCAGCGCUCCUACAAAUUGGUGACCCCGACGUGAGUUCGUUCUAUCAGAUUCAGCUUUCAUCAUCCGGUGAGUCGUGUCCAUUUUCGUCGUUCUUUUUAUUGCUUUCAUGUAUGCGAAUAUGAUCGAUCAGCAAACUGGGGAGAUUAACACCGUAUCUACUAGCUGUUUACCAACAUUUUGGAUACAAUAUCCCCAGCUUUGGUUUUUCAGGCCGAGUCAUUUUUUGAAAUUAAUCGCAUACAUAGGGAUGUCUUAAAAGUUCAUUAUGUGAUCUCUAAGCUCCCACCUGAAUUAUUACUCCUGGCACAGGAUAUCCUGAAAACAAGCCCCACAUACCAGCAACUAAGGGACUUUUUAAUUCGCGAGCUUAGCCUUAGUGAGCGUAAGAGAGUGCAACGUCUACUUAUAGAAGAACAGUUAGGCGAUCGCACUCCUACGCAACUAUUGCGAGCCAUGCAAGCUCUGGUAGGUGACAGCCCUCCAGAGAAUUCCAUCUUUAGGCAGUUAUUUUUGCAACGGCUCCCUACACACGUACAACAAAUACUGGCUAACGCUCAUCAGGAUACCGACUUGAAAGACCUAGCCCUUAUGGCUGAUAAAAUAAUGGAAAUACAAGCGCCCACGAUCUCAACUUCUUCGCCUCCUAUAACUGACGACUCGCUUGUAAAAGCUGUGCACUCCCUGCAGCAGCAACUGGCUUCCAUUUCCAUCACCCGCCGAAACCGUAAUUCUCGGUCAGGCCAGCGGCGUAUUCGCAGCGCUAGUCGUUCACGUGGCAUUUGUUGGUAUCACCGUAGGUUCCGUAACAAAGCUCGGAAAUGCAUAAAGCCGUGUCGAUUUUCCAUUUCGGGAAACGAACACGCCAGCUCGUAAUGGCGACGACGCAAGCUGGCAUAUGCGAGCCAGGUCGCCUCUUUUAUCUGCGGGACGUAAGAUCUGGCAUGCGAUUCCUCGUAGACACUGGUGCCCAAGUCAGUGUGGUUCCUCCACGUCCGGAGGACUUAAGGCACUGCUCUGUAUACAGCCUGCAGGCAGUAAACGGCACGCCUAUCCGAACCUAUGGAGAACGGUCUAUCACGCUGAACCUUGGUCUCCGUAGGCCUUUUCCUUGGAUUUUCAUUGUAGCCAAAGUGCCCACUGCCAUUCUAGGCCUCGAUUUCUUCCAGCAUCAUGGCAUUAUUGUCGAUCCCAAGCGCUGCCAAAUCAUUGAUGGCCUAACGCAAAUAUCUCGGGCUGGUUUUAAAGGGUCCAUUAUGUCUAUGAGUCCGCAGCUUGCCCCACCACGAGCCACUCCAAAGUACUUGGAUUUGUUACGAGAGUUUAACAGCUUAACAAAGCCUGGAUACCAACCCGGUGAUGUCAAACAUGAGAUCGUCCAUAGGAUAACGACAACAGGUAGUCCAGUCUACCAUCGUCCGCGGCGUUUAGCGCCCGAUAAACUUUCCGUAGCGAAGGCUGAAUUCGACCAUAUGCUACAAUUGGGCAUAAUACGUCCAUCCAGCAGUACAUGGGCAUCGCCCCUACAUAUGGUCCCGAAAAACAAGCCUGGGGAUUGGAGACCUUGUGGGGAUUAUCGGGGACUAAACGCUAUCACCGUCCCAGACAGGUAUCCCAUUCCGCAUCUCCAGGAUUUCUCUUCCUCGCUAUACGGAAAACACGUGUUCAGUAAGAUAGAUUUAGCACGAGCAUAUUACCAAAUCCCUGUCCAUCCUCAAGAUGUUCAUAAGACUGCCGUUACCACACCUUUUGGCUUAUUUGAGUUCUUGCGAAUGCCAUUUGGUCUCCGCAAUGCAGCUCAAACAUUUCAGCGUUUUAUGGAUCAGGUUAUUCGUGAGCUCGAUUUUGUUUUCGUCUACAUUGACGAUGUCUUGGUUGCAAGUUAUAACCAUGACGAACACUUGCGUCAUCUGCGACAACUGUUCGAGCGAUUUGCGCAUUAUGGGGUGGUUAUCAAUGCCUCCAAGAGUCAGUUUGGUGUUGAUACGGUAGACUUUCUUGGUCACCGUGUUUCCUCCGCCGGAAUUACACCCCUACCCGACAGAGUGACAACCAUCACUGAAUACCCUAUCCCCGAUUCCCUCAAAAAGUUACGUCGGUUUGUAGGCAUGGUUAACUUCUACAGACGUUUCAUCCCACACUGUUCUGAGUUAGCCCAGCCACUUACCGAGCUACUCAAAUUAGAUGCCAAAUCAUUCAGCUUCACGGAAUCAGCUAAGCGGGCAUUCAGUGAUCUAAAACAUCAGCUAGCAACUGCCACUCUCCUCGUGCAUCUUGAUCCUAAGGCUCCGUUACAGUUAACGGUGGACGCUUCAGAUGCAGCAGUAGGUGGUGUGCUCCAACAGCGACAGGGAGGUGAAUUGUAUCCAAUUGCCUUUUUCUCUAAGAAACUGCAGCCUGCCGAACGACGUUAUAGUACGUUCAGCAGAGAACUCCUAGCUAUUUAUCUCAAUGUGCGUCAUUUCCGACAUUACUUGGAAGGGCGUACAUUCACGAUAUUCACCGAUCACAAGCCGCUAACGUAUGUACUGCGUUCUGCUUCUGAUCGACUUUCCCCACGAGAAACUAGACAACUAGAUUAUAUCUCCCAAUUUACCUCCGACAUUCGGCAUUUGUCCGGUGUGAACAACACCGUAGCAGAUGCCCUAUCACGGGCGGAAAUCAAUACCCUCCUUGAGCAUUCCCCCAUUGAUCUUCAAGAACUAGCCACAACACAGCAUCAGGAUAAGCAGUUUCUUCAACAACUGCGAGAAACCAAUCUACAGGUGAAACCCAUCCAGCUGCCUGAUAGUUCGGAUGUUCUGAUGUGUGACGUUUCUACAGGAAAGCCACGACCUGUAGUUCCACCGACCUAUCGGCGAAUCAUUUUUGAUUCACUACAUGGUCUAUCACAUCCAGGCAUCCGUGCAACGCGCAAACUCAUUUCCGACCGUUUUGUGUGGCCGGCACUGAACAAAGACGUGCAGACCAUGGUGAGGAAUUGUCUCCCAUGUCAACGUUCAAAAGUGCACCGCCAUACACAGGCACCUCUUGGCGAGUUCACCGUUCCCGAUGCUCGUUUUAGUCACGUGCACAUCGACACCGUCGGUCCGCUGCCGCCGUCGAGUGGAUUUAAGUACCUACUUACUUGUAUCGAUCGUUACACUCGUUGGCCCGUGGCAGUACCCAUCGCGGACAUUUCCGCAGAGACGGUAGCACGUAACUUUGUGGCUCAUUGGAUCGCACAUUAUGGUGUCCCAUCCACCAUAACAACGGAUCGCGGUGCGCAAUUUGAAUCAACCCUCUUUCGAGACCUCACUACUAUCCUCGGAGCUAAGCGAAUAAGAACAACUGCGUACCAUCCAACAGCGAACGGGUUAGUCGAACGUUUUCACCGCCACCUCAAAACAUCUUUGAUGGCAUGUUCUGACACUACCCGUUGGACAGAAAACUUACCGCUGGUUCUAUUAGGUCUACGAACGACGUUUAAAGCUGAUUUAGGUUGCUCUGCCGCGGAGCUGGUAUACGGUACCACGCUAAAGCUCCCGGCUGACCUCGUUCAACCAAUCGACGUCAACGCUCUAGAUCCCUCAAACUUUGUUCAUCGCUUACGUUCAUCCAUGCGUGAACUGCAUUUUACUGCCACACGCGCACAAACUAACAAGUGUUACAUACCAAAAGAUCUGACAACUUGUUCACAUGUGUGGCUACGAAACGAUGCAGUCCGCAGGCCUCUACAGCCACCGUACGAAGGGCCAUUUGAGGUGAUCGCUAGAACAGCAAAACAUCAUAUGAUCAACAGGAAUGGUAAAGUCGAUGUAGUUUCGGUAGACCGACUCAAGCCAGCGUAUAUCGAACAACCUUGUGAACAACAAUCGACAGGUUCUAAAAACACCAUAUGUACGCAGGAGUCAUCAAAGCACUUUGAAAAUGAUCCUCAAUCAUCAACAUCUAAAGCUAAGCCAAAAGAGACUAGUACGCGGCAAACACGGUCAGGUAGAAAAGUUCAUUUUCCAGACCGUCUAGCGUAUUAGACAUCUUGAGAAUAACAACUUGCUGUGCUGUCUAUCGUGUUAUACUACCUGCUGCCAGUUUUCUUUCCUGCUUGUUGCUUUCCAGUGUUUGCCAGGAGAGGAAAGAACACCCUUAGCACGAAUAAGAACAUUCUCAUGUCGACAAAGGACAGAAGGAUUGCGUCGGACAACACCUGCAACUUAAACAUCCUUGUUGCACUACAACAUUCUGCUCCCACAUUUUCAUUGUAUCUUAGCUAACAACUUUACCUGCAUGCCUCCUGUGCCUCAGCCUCGGGCAUUUUAAGCGACACUGUAUCAGGUAGAGGUCAGUUUUCCCGGCAAUUCCCACCGGGUUUUUUACUCCUGGUCGCUUAUCACCGUGCGGCUACCGCACUGGUGGGGAGGUAUGUAGGAGCUUUAACUUAUUCUGCUAUUUUUAGCUUAUUUCUCUUCGCACAGGGAAGAUACUAGCCACAAUCAUGUGACUCUCUAACCACAUCAUUCAAAAGCUAUUGAUGUGCAUACAAUCAAUAGACAACUUGGUUUGAACUCUGGCUCAUACCAUCUAGCCAACUACCACCAGUGUUUUCCCCGUGCAAUCUUUCUGCCUAACUGUCGUAGUGUAUUUUCGGGAGCCCCCCAAAAUAUAUCAUUGGGAUA